GGGCGUCGUCAGUGGCGCACUUUUAUUCCCAUAGAUUUAUUCCUUUUGAAAAGCAUUAUUUAUACAGUAGACUCGCGUUAUACUGAACACACUGUCUAGUGAACUAUUCUAAAUUGUGAACAGACAUUUUUUUCUUAAUGUAUUCUGUCAAGUGAACAAAUUGAUUCUCGAAAUAGUAAACCCAAUAGUUUUAUUAGGUAAACAAACAAGUUAAGACAAAAAAAAGAUAUUAAACGGUUUGUUUCUUUUCGGGCAAUUAGUUUGCUUUAGUAUUUGGGUGCAGUAGGUCGCGUCACGCCGCCAGAAUAAUUAUGGCAAAAUUAGAAAGCAUUUAACCCUAAGCGAUAAAGCCAAAAUAUUAGAAGAAUUAAAGAAAGGUGUCGGAGUGACCGUUUUAUCUAGACAAUAUGGUGUUGCUAAAUCCACUAUAUGCGCGAUUCGUCACAGAAGGAUAAAGAUUUUGAAACGAGUCAACAGUACUUUCACAGGACCUGGAAAAGCGAAAACUUUGAGACAAUCAGAGUGUCCUAGAAUGGAAAAAGCUUUAUAUAAGUGGUUUUAAAAAACAAGGGAGAGAAAUUUUCCGGUAGCUGGUUUAAUAAUCCAAGAGAAGGCCAAGUUACUUCACAGUCAAUACAAGUAAUCUCAUUCUUUUCAUGCGAGCAGUGGUUGGAUGCAAAAGUAUAAAAACCGUUUUGGAAUACGCUUCCUAACGAUUUCAGGAGAAAAAUUAUCGUCAGAACCCGAGCUUGUUGAUCCUUUUAAAAGAACUUUACGCCUAAAAGUAAAUGAGCUUCAGCUAACAAAAGAACAGAUUUACAAUACCGAUGAAACUGGUUUGUAUUAGAAACUUCUUCCCGGAAAGACAUAUGUAGCUCGCGAAGAAAAAACUGCCCCAGGUAGGAAAACCGAGAAACAAAGAGUGACUUUUCUAGCAUGCACAAACGCGGCAGGUACUCACAAAGUUAAACCAUUAAUUAUUGGGAAAGCAAAAAAUCCACGUUUGUUUCGAAAUUUUAACUGUCCCGUCCAUUAUAGAAACUCCAAAACUGCUUGGAUGACGGCAGCAAUUUUCAAAGAAUGGUUUCACCGAAUGUUUAUUCCUGAGGUUACGGAAUUCCUACAGAGCCAAAACCUUCCGGUUAAAGCCAUGCUUUUGUUGGACAACGCAGCAAGCCAUCCACCAGCAGAACAGCUAAGAAGUGAUGAUGGUUCCAUUUUCACUGUUUAUAUGCCACCUAACGUUACUUCGCUAAUCCAGCCAUUGGACCAAAACGCUAUUCGUCUGACAAAAUUAUUUUAUCGAAAAAAUUUGUUAUCACAAAUUAUUGGAACUAACCAGGAUAUCGGAGAUGCUCUAAAACAUAUUUCGUUGAAGGACGCCAUUCUAAAUUUUGCUUUGGCGUGGAGAAAUUUAAGGCUUGAAAAUGCUGGCAUAAUUUACUUUCACCAUUAGCCGACGAAGUUGACGAUGAGGAAGAUAACAUCCCCUUAAGUGUUUUACGGAGCCGAAUAAGAAAUGAAGACUUUUAAUCCAGAAGUUCAUAUUCAACCUAUUGAUGUAGAUGAUUGAAAUAAAGAUAACUUACCUGACACAAAAGAAACUAAUGACCAAAGUGUGAAAGUGAUGGAAACGAUCAAGAUGAUGGAGUACAAGAAGAAAUGGUAGUAAAUAAGGAACGAGUGACAACAAAUUCGGCAAUAAAGUCGAUUAACAACAUCCUUCAAUGGGCCGAAGAAAAUGAAGAUAAAGUGGAAUAUUCUAGUAUACUCGUUUUACAAAACUUAAGGAAUACGAUAGUGCAAACAGGACUAAAAACGAAAAAGCAAACAAAAAUUACUUCAUUUUUUGAAAAAAUAGAUUAGA